AUGGGUAAUUUUAACACUUCACUAGUAACUUUUUUCUUCAUCCUCAUAUUAAGCCAAGCUAAGGCUUUUAAUAUUACCACUCUACUUGAUCAUUACUCAUCUUUUAGCAAUUUCAACAAUUACCUAACUCAAACGGGAGUGGCUGCCGCGAUUAAUUCGCGGCAGACCAUCACUCUCUUAGUAGUUGAAAAUAGCGACUUGUCACCCCUUAACGGGAAGUCGCAAGAAGUGCUCGCUAAUAUAAUGCGCGUGCACGUCUUACUCGACUAUUACGAUGUCCAGAAACUGCAGACGUUACCUAACAAGACCGUGAAGGUACCGACUCUGUUUCAGACAACGGGUCAGGCUAAACACGAUCAAGGAUUUUUGAACAUGACGGAUUUGGGAACGGGAAGUAUUUCAUUAGGAUCAGCUGCCAAAGGCGAAACACUCGGAUCAAAUCUAGUCAAAUCUAUUGCAUCACAACCUUAUAACAUUUCUAUAAUGCAAAUUAGCAAUGUUAUUAUUCCAUUGGGGAUCGAUUCAUCAACAACUCCUUCUCUACCAUCUUUACCGCCUAAGCAUUCCCAUGCCCAUGCACCUGCCCCAAUUAGUAGGGCACCAACACACUCUCCAGCUCAUUCUCCCCAUAGAUCAUCUGCAGCCCCUGCUCCGGCUCCACAUGGUUUACUACCUAAUCCCAAUGCACCAACUGCAGAUACUCCUGCGGAUGCACCAUCGACUGAUACACCAUCAGCUGAUGCACCAACUACAAAUGGGGAUCAUGAAUCUCCUAGUGCUAGUUCUGUUUUAAGUGUUAGCUUAGUUUUCGUUGCAAUGUCGAAUGUCUUUCUUGUUUUAGUGAUUUGA